AUGAGUUAUCAGCAACCGGACAUGUAUCACGAUCCCGCCGCGCGUUCCCCUGGCUCCCAGCGGCAUCAACAACCCCUACAUCGACAACCCUCCCGCCAGUUCGACGCCUACGGCCCCAUGCCUGUCAAUCUGUAUGAGGACCAGAUGGCUCGCUAUGAGUCCGCUCGACUGGAACGCCUGAACCCGUCCAUCCAGAACAAUUCCUAUGCCUACGAUCUCUCCGGCUCCCAGACAUGGAAUCCCAACGGCUUCGCCAACGCUCAGUCCCUGGGUGGUAUUCGCUCGGCUUCGGCCAGUCUGAAGCCCGCUGCUCGUGGUCGGGCCGGUCUUCCUACGACUUGGCUUGAUCAACAGCCUGGUGUCCCUGGUGCCUUUUCCGGCAUGGGUCCCAGUCCCGUCCAGAGCGCCGCGAUGCGCCCGGAGGCUUCCGCCUCGUCCGAGGGCGAUGACGAACUCAUCCCCACGGCCAUCGUCAUCAAGAACAUCCCGUUUGCCGUCAAGAAGGAACAGCUGGUGCAACUGAUGACCGAGUUGAGCCUGCCCCUGCCCUACGCGUUCAACUACCAUUUCGACAAUGGCGUGUUCCGUGGCCUGGCCUUUGCCAACUUCACCUCCGCGGAGGAGACGGCCACCGUAAUCGACAUGCUCAACCACUUCGAACUGCAAGGUCGCAAGUUGCGGGUCGAAUACAAGAAGAUGCUGCCUCUGCAGGAGCGGGAACGGAUCGAGCGGGAGAAGCGAGAGCGUCGCGGUCAGCUCGAGGAGCAGCACCGGCCCAUGGCGUCCUCACAGCUGCAUACCCAGAGUUCCAUGUCCUCGCUGACUUCCCACAUCCCGGCGACCUCGCCGUCGCCCGUGUCGCAGCGGGGCCAGAAGCUGGGUAAGUCGAACAUGACGCCCCUGGGUUACCGAGGAACUCCCGUGCCUGAUCGCGAGGAUGAAGUAGAGGUCGAUUUGAACGACAAGCAGACGCUUUCCUACUACUCGGAACUGCUCCUGUUCAAGCAGGACAACAGUCGUGACUCCGUCAUCUUCCCGCCCAACCUCACUCCGUCCCAGCGCCGCACGGUUCACACCCUGGCACACAACAUGGGCCUGGCCCAUGCCUCCCGCGGCAGUGGGGAUCAGCGCCAGGUCCAGGUCUUCAAGGUGGCCCCCGGCACCAACGUCAGCCCGCCCUUGUCCUCGAUCCCUCCCGCGGGUCAAUCCGAUAGUGCUCGUCGUGGCCUCAACCGCGCGGCCACGAUCGACUUCAGCGAGGCUCGCAACGAAGGUGGCCCCGGAGCUUUCAACACCCUCCGCGGUGGUCAGAGCUCGAACUUCCUGGGUGUGAUGGACUCGCCCGGCAACUUCGCCAACACGCAGAAUCUGCGCGCCGCCAAGUCGUUCGCCGACUUGCGCUCCUACACCCCUUCCCCUGUCCCGUCCUCCGCCAGCUUCCCGGCCGCCCUGCAGUCCAACGGAACCCGCGUGCAGUACGAAGGCGCCCCGACUGCGACCUCCAACACCCCGACCCUCACCUCCGCCCCAUCCGGCUCCUCCCUCGGUAUGCAGCGUGAUGAUAACCUGUUGGUCAACAGCCUUGGUGGCCUCUCUCUGGGUACGGGUAUUGGGGGCCCGAAUUCAAGCCCUCGGCGAUUGCGCGGUAUGUUCUCCUGGGAGCAGGACAGCCAACCCUCGGCCGCAGGUGCCAUUGGCAGCAACCGUGGAAUGGGAGUUGGAUUUGACAAUGCCCAGCAAGAGCGCAUGCCGAUUCGCCAACCCCGUGGCCCGACUCCCGAGAAGGGCACCGGUUUCCGCCGCCAAAACGGACACCAGACUCGCGGCAGUGACGAGCUUCGUUCCAACACUGGCGGUGUCGAGAUCAUUGUGGAGUAG